UAACUCAACGACAAAUUAAACAUAUCUUUUAUUUUCAAACAAAACGAUUUAACGUUGGAUCAGGUAGAUUUUUGUCUUCAACGGCAAGUCGCAAAGUGUCUUUGUAUUUUCGAACAGUACGUUCUGUCGGCGGACUAAAAGAUUUUUUACUUUCAAGUAGUACGACACAACGAAUCAAACAACGUUCUUUUUUUUAAAUAGUGUGGUUGAACGGUGGUUGGUCGGAAGAAUUUAUAUUUCCAUAAUGUAACUCAAUAACAGAUUAAAUAAACUUUUUGAUUUAAAUUUAAAGACACCGAGGAUAUACAUCAUAUGCAGAGGCGCUUCGCUCUUUUCAACAAGAUUAGCCGUAAUGCCCUUAGACCAGAUUCGGAAGAUGGCGAUUUGCGAGGUUGUUUGAAGCCAAUUUGAGUAAACACUCGCGUAUGAACCCUCAAAUCUCGAUUAAAUGUGCCCUGAAAAUCAUGUGACGUGGACUGUGUGCGAUGGCGUGCAAAGAGAUAAUCGGCCAUCAGCAGCAGUUCGUUGAGGAAAUCGAUUAUAAUGAAAUCGAAACAGAGCAGGUAGUCGGCAAAGGUUCCUUUGGAGUUGUGUGGAAAGGAAAAUGGAGAGGGCAGGAUGUUGCUGUGAAACACAUAAAUUCAGAAGGAGAGAGAAAAGCCUUCACUGUGGAAGUUAGACAGCUAUCCAGAGUUGCCCAUCCUAAUAUUGUUAAGUUGUAUGGCGCAUGUACCAAGAAUCCUGUAUGUUUAGUGAUGGAAUAUGCAGAAGGUGGAUCACUGUACAAUGUAUUACAUUGUAAUCCACAACCACAUUAUACUACUAGUCAUGCCAUGAGUUGGGCUCUCCAAUGUGCACGUGGUGUUGCAUAUCUUCAUAAUAUGAAACCAAAACCAUUGAUACACAGAGACCUAAAGCCACCCAAUCUGUUAUUAGUUAUGGGUGGACAAAUGCUUAAAAUUUGUGACUUUGGUACGGCCUGUGACUUAAAUACAUAUAUGACUAAUAAUAAAGGCUCGGCCGCAUGGAUGGCGCCCGAAGUGUUUGAAGGAUCUAGGUAUACAGAGAAGUGCGAUGUAUUUAGUUGGGGUAUCAUUUUGUGGGAAGUCUUAACACGCAAAAAACCCUUUGAUGAUAUUGGUGCUUCAGCCUUUAGGAUAAUGUGGGCUGUUCAUGUAGGACAAAGGCCUCCUUUGAUAGAAGGAUGUCCAAAACCAAUUGAGGAUCUUAUGACUAGAUGUUGGCAGAAAGCACCUGAAGAAAGACCAUCUAUGGAUGAAGUAGUGAGGAUAAUGACCGAGCUAUCAGAAUUUUUCAGUAACCAUUUAGAACCUGUUGAAUAUUCCUUAAGUAGUGAAGCUGACAAUAUAGAUGAAAAUGAAACCUCAAAGGAAGGUACAUUAGAUAUGGCCAGUACCUUAGACUCUCGAGUGAAUGGCUCUGUUACAAACGGCACUAUUCAUACAAUUCCAAAGACCAUGGAGAAAACCGACGAAUGUCCUAACGGGGAGAGUUCGUCAUCCUAUCCCUUACGUUAUGGGGCGCUUACUGACGCAUCGCCGAUUUUCUCGUCUCGACAAAAUAAUUUAGGAUUUCAACGAGUACCCAAUGAGCGUACUCCGGUUCCGAAUAAGCAUUAUCCUGGGAGUACGGACGGUAAUCUAGACCACGCUAAACCGUCGGUCUUGCAAAAUACAGCAGCACCGAUUGCUCGUGACGACAAGUUUGCUGCGUUGCAACACAAGAACUACAAUUUUGCUCCAUUACAUGUGGAGUGCGACCCGAAUGCUUGGGACUUGCCGAGCUCUUCCGAUUCGUCUUGGGAAAUUCGUAACAUGGCCGGAUUAGACAAAAUGAUGCCGAAAACGAAGAAAAACACUCAACAAAGUAGCAGCACCACGACUGAAGAUUUGGGCAAUGUUUGUCGCCUUCUGGAUGCCGACUUGAGGCCUCUCACACCCGACUACACGUGCGAACGUUCGCGCGAGAUCUUCGAGGAGCAUAAGCAGAUAGCGCAGGAAUACCUCAAGGUCCAAACGGAGAUAGCGUUAUUGAGCCAGCACAAGAACGAGAUGUUGAAGAAUCUGAGCCUCGACAGCCUCAAGCAGCAGCAGGAGUUGCGCAAACUGGAGGAUGAAAAGGAGUCCCUGGUGAAGUUGUGUCGCAACCUGACGCGGCAGUUACAGAUCAUGAAAGAUCAGAGACUCAACGGGGCGUUGACGAACGCUGGUGCGCCGACGUUAGCACCUGCCGUUUCCGGAAACAACGGCUGGGUGGUGGUACCACGUCAGGACCCGUCGAGGCUUUCCUGAGAUGCGACUCACGGUAUCCGAGAGUUUUAACGAGAAUAUACUUACGUUACAUCGCGCGAAGGUCGGCUUGCGAUGCGCAACGCGGACGCAGAAUAAAAAAUUCCGUUCGUUUUUUAAGCCGACGUCGUGCCGCUGACUAUCGACAGAAUAGUUGAAGAUGCGUAAGUCAUUAUAGUCAUUCAGCGAGCGAAUCAGAUCCGCUUUAUCGGACUCGACGCGAUCUGCGAUGCAUCAAGAGAGUGCAUCGUGAUUGACUUCCGACUUCGUGCGAUUUUCACUGUCGCUUCUGAUCAGCGACGUAGAAGGCACAGUCACGGAUAAGCAUGAUAAAAAUAUGCCUUCCAUUAGACUUUCUACAGAUUUUCAUUUUUAUCUUUAUUGUGUUAUCACAGUCUCUCUGGUUUGCAAUGCAAAUUCGUACGACAAUAAUGGAACGUCCAAAGCGUGCGUGCAAGUGGUAUACGCCAUUGAACGCUCUAGAGGGAACUUUUUUAACUGGAAAAUUUUGGGGAUAUAUUCCUCACGAAUGAUGUAAUCUAGUCGCCUCGACGAUGACUCACGAUUUGUCGAAUUUUAUUUGCCCUUCGACGUUCAAGGUAUAUUAUAUUAUUUUGAUACGUAAUUGUUUGUCGUUCAAAUUAUCCAGAAAUGGAUUUUAAAUCGCUCAUCUCAUUUGGAAUGAAAAAUAUUUCAUGCUCAUAUUUCUUUGUUUAAUAUCAAAUGUAGCAGAAAAAGAGGACAUUUUCGAAGUAAGAUACAAAUACUGAGCAAUAUCAAAAAACAUGAAUGCGUAAUUGAGGAGCUUAUUCCCAGACUAUCGUGCUAACUUGUAUUUUUAAGAGAUUGCUUCUUUAUGUUUAAAGCUUCACGAAAUUUUCUAUAACUUCAUCACAUAUCAUAUUACUUUUUUAUUUUACUUUUUAAAACGACGGAUUUUCAGACGGUUUGAAAGUGAGCUCUUCAAUUCUACGAGUCAUAUAUUUGAAUGUUAUUUCUAUGUGAUAUACACGAUAUAUAUUCGUGUCUACUCAAUCGGAUUGAUCGUGUGUCAGAGAUAUAGCUUGUACAUAUGAUUAAAUUUGCCGAGUUUUUGUUGCUCUUAAUCAACAAUGUUGCAAGUGAGCAAUAGUUAAACGAUUUAAAACUGUUCUCGUUAACUUAUCGCUUCGUUGAUAUGCAAUUUAACUUAUUGCAUCUUUAUAUGAAAAGAUUUCCUUAAAACCCACAACAUCUAAUUAUAUGCAGAUAUAAUAAGUUAAAUUGAGUUAGGUGAUAGAUCUUAAGAGAAUUUGUUCAACAAUGUCCAAAAAUAUAUAAAGAUGCAAUUGAUCUGCAUGUUGUAAAUAGUAAUACUUUAUUCCGUCUGAGUGCAAAUACACACUUGAUUUUGUCCUAAGUCUAGUGAAUUACAAAGAUAUUAAGCCAAUAUGCUAAAAUCAAAACAUGCAGUGGCGAAACCACGCUAGCGUCCUCAUUUGAGCUUGAAUUUGAAAGAGUAAAAAAUAGUCGCUUAAGAGUCAACACAUUAUUACGAUGUACGGAGUAAAGUUGUACAUUGAUAUGUGUAUCGAAGAGAGGUUUCAGGUAGAACCAAGCGCACGAAGUGCUUAGGUGUCGACACAACGGUUAUCCAAGCGGACUAUCUUAUCAAUCGAGCGGUAAACUUCCGUUUCGUCCUAAAGAAGCUUGUUUUCCUUAUCCUGUUCCUGGCCUACAUUAGCGUUCGUCAUCAGCGAUCGUUGAGAAAGAAGCUCGUGGAAA